AUGGCUCAACCUGAGGCCCAUGAAAUCCCUACAAGGCACACACCUGUGCACUGGAGAAAUGAAGAAAUCACCGCGCUUGUUAAUCAUAUGUACAAUAACUGUGCAAGUGGUGAUACCUCCAGCAACUUCAAGCCGCAGACCGUCAAGAUGGUGAAGAGCAAGUGGGCAUCACUUAAGUCUAUUCAUCACGCUAUCGAUAAAUCCCCCAACCAGACCAGUAUACACUGGGACAGUGCCAAUGGAGCUGGGAUCCAUGGCCCUGCAGCGUCCGCUGUGUGGGAUUUGUAUGUUGUGCUCAGUGAAAUAAUUCCCUUGGGUGGCACUAGAGGGUGCCAUGCUUUCCAACCAGCUGUUAUGGGUCCUCCACCAGUAGCAGACGCUGAUGAGGAUGAGCCUGGCCUUGCUCAGGCUCCAGCCCUCUCUUCUGCCAGUCCUUCCUCCACUAGUGGUCCUUCCACCACUGCCAAUCAUUCAUCUGUCACCGGCCCUUCAUUCACCACCAGUCCUCACUCUAACACUGGUGCCAAGCGCCCUUACGAGGCCGGUCUCCACCACCUUGGUGUCCGCCCCCCCUCAAAGAAAGCACAUUCGCAUGUCUCUCAGAAGAUGACCAAUGCGGCCAAGAUGAGCAGUGCAACACAGGCCACCAAGAUCACACCUGCUGCUGCCGUGAUGGGAAUGCAGGGCACUGUAAACCAUCUGACAGAUGUCUUUGAAAGAUUCAUUGUUAGUACCAUGAAUAGUGGUACCCUUCCGCCUCCGCCUCCACCUGGGCCUGAGCCUGAGGGCAGCAUGGACUUGGUGGCACGCACAGCACACCUACUGCAAACUGAGGAUGCCGGCAUGCCUCCUGAGCAGUGCACUGUCUUGAUAAUGGUCCUUGGUGAGAAGAACAACGAGAGCUUCCUGAAAUUCUAUGUGUCCCUCAUGGACAAAGAAACCAGGUGUCCGUUUAUUCAGAAGCUCAUCACAGAUGCAAUGGCGGGCUGA